CGCAUUAGACGGGUCAGCGCGCCGGCGCAGUGCGUCAGCCACAGAGUGGCUGCUGCUGUAGGACAUUUACUUCGCUGAGUGUUGGCCCGGAAGAAAGGAAAAUGGUACUUGAUCUGGAUUUGUUUCGAGUGGAUAAAGGAGGGAACCCAGACCUCAUCCGAGAAACGCAGGAGAAGCGCUUCAAGGACCCGGGACUCGUAGACCAGCUGGUGAAGGCAGACAGUGAAUGGCGACGAUGCAGAUUUCGGGCAGACAACUUGAACAAGUUGAAGAAUUUAUGCAGCAAGACAAUUGGAGAGAAAAUGAAGAAAAAAGAGCCAGUGGGAGACGAUGAGUCUGUUCCCGAGAACGUGUUAAAUUUCGAUGACCUCACUGCAGACAUUUUAACAAACCUGAAAGUCUCACAGAUCAAAAAAGUGCGACUCCUCAUCGAUGAAGCCAUCCUGAAGUGUGAUGCAGAGCGGUUAAAACUGGAGGCAGAGCGGCUUGAGAAUCUUCGAGAGAUUGGGAACCUUCUGCACCCCUCUGUGCCCAUCAGUAAUGACGAGGAUGCAGACAACAAAGUAGAAAGGAUCUGGGGUGACUGUACGGUCAGGAAGAAGUACUCUCACGUGGACCUGGUGGUGAUGGUAGAUGGCUUCGAAGGCGAAAAGGGGGCCAUCGUGGCUGGGAGUCGCGGGUACUUCCUGAAGGGAGUCCUGGUGUUCCUGGAACAGGCCCUCAUCCAGUUUGCCCUUCGCACUUUGGCAAGUCGGAACUACAUCCCCAUUUACACCCCCUUUUUUAUGCGGAAGGAGGUCAUGCAGGAGGUGGCUCAGCUCAGCCAGUUUGAUGAAGAGCUUUAUAAGGUGAUUGGCAAAGGCAGUGAAAAGUCUGAUGACAACUCCUACGAUGAGAAAUACCUGAUUGCUACCUCGGAGCAGCCCAUUGCUGCCUUACACCGGGACGAGUGGCUGCGGCCAGAGGAUCUGCCCAUCAAGUAUGCCGGCCUGUCCACCUGCUUUCGCCAGGAGGUGGGCUCCCACGGCCGCGACACCCGUGGCAUCUUUCGAGUCCAUCAGUUUGAGAAGAUCGAACAGUUCGUGUACUCGUCGCCGCUCGACAACAAGUCCUGGGAGAUGUUUGAAGAGAUGAUUGCCACCGCAGAAGAGUUCUACCAGUCUCUGGGGAUCCCCUACCACAUCGUGAAUAUUGUCUCCGGUUCUUUGAAUCAUGCUGCCAGUAAGAAGCUCGACCUGGAGGCCUGGUUUCCAGGCUCAGGAGCCUUCCGCGAGCUAGUCUCCUGUUCUAAUUGUACGGAUUACCAGGCCCGCCGGCUCCGAAUCCGAUACGGGCAGACCAAGAAGAUGAUGGACAAGAACAACUUUGUGGCAGUGUCUCCCUUCUUUUCGCCCAAGAAGGUGGAAUUUGUCCACAUGCUCAACGCUACGAUGUGUGCCACCACCCGGACCAUCUGCGCCAUCUUGGAGAACUACCAGACAGAGAAGGGUAUCAUCGUGCCUGAGAAGUUGAAGGAGUUCAUGCCGCCAGGGCUCCAGGAACUGAUCCCUUUUGUGAAGCCGGCACCCAUUGACCAGGAGCCAUCAAAGAAGCAGAAGAAGCAACACGAGGGCAGCAAAAAGAAAGUGGCAAUGAGAGAUGUCACCCUGGAAAACCGGCUGCAGAGCAUGGAGGUCACCGAUGCCUGAACAUUCCUUCCUCCCAGUUUGCCAGGCUUUGUUUCUGUCUACUGGGAUCAUCCCAGAGGCUUCCCGGGAGCAGGAUGGCCAAGCACCUGCUCAUCCCCCUGCCCAUCCGACUGCACCGCCAGCAGGAAUCGCCUGCCGUGCACAGCGCGUGUGUUCCUGUCCCCUCGCAUGGGCUUGGGGCCCACCACUGAUGACUGCUGACACCAUGGAAUAAAGCAUCUCUGGGGAGGGCUUCCGGCUCUUCCUCAGUCUUCUCCCUGAGGCUU